AUGUGAGAAAGUCUCCCCAUCAAUGGUUAUGAUUUACAGUUUGACUGAAAAACUGCUUUCUCAAUGUAAUAAUACUUGUUUUUACAGUAUCCUUCAUGUAGGAAGAGGAAGUAGGUUGGUUGUAGCUCCUAUACCCGAGGAGAAAUUUGAAUUGGAUGGAACAGGUAAUGAUGAGACACAGUUCUACAAGGGUGAUAGUCCAUUCCAAAGCAGGGUGGGUGAGGAAGAGAUGGUAGAAAUGGUAGCAGACAGUUUUGACAUGGAAAUAGAAGAAGAUGACGUUGAUGACAGAGAAAGAGUUGGAGAGUGUGAAGCUGAAUUUGAAAAAGGGAGGCAAAUGAGUUUAGGCCUAUUAGCAAGCUCAGGAAGAAUUGUACUGGGCCUACAACCUCAACCCAAUCCAAAAACAUUGGGCCAGCAGAACAGAACAGUGGAACCGAGAGGAAAAGAAGCAUGGGUCUGUGAAAAAGGCCUAGAAAUUUUACAACUGGGAGAACACUCUAGGCCCGAGGUUGAAGCACAAAAGGAGGCCACACAAUGUAAUGCAAAUCACGAAAAAAUAAAGAGUAUUCUGGAAAACAGCAGCUCCUUUUGGGAGGGACUUGGAAGUGAAGAUGGGAGUGAGAAGGAGUGGAUGAGAGUGAUGUCGAAGCAGGGCAAGCAGAAAAGAAAGAAAAAAGUUAAGGCGUGUAGCGUGGUAUACAAAAGAUCACUUCCUCUAGAAGUCAUGAAUCAGAAGAAGAAAGGCAAAGGCAUAUCUGGGUCGAGUCAAGCAAAGGAGGAGGAAACUUCACAGUGCCACCAAAGCACAAGCAACUCAGUGGCAGGGGGCUCAGUAGGGGAUAGUGGCAUCCAAAAUUGCAAUCGAAGGUUGAACAAGGUCCCCAACAAACGAAUCGCAGCUGAAUUGUGGAAUUUUGCAAAAAGGAUCGGGGCGGUAACAGAGGAAGAGGAGCUGGUCAUCAGGAAGUUCGAGGAGAUGGAGAAAAGGGAUAGAGCAACAAAAGAGGAAACCAAGAAGUGUGGGUUAGAUAGGAAUUAUUGUAAAAGGCUAUGGCACUCAGAAGACUUUGAGUGGGUUGGGAAGGAUUCUGUAGGAAGGUCAGGAAGGCUGUUGUGUGUAUGGAAUUCUAAAGCCAUCAAUGUGAAGCAUGUUUGGGAAGGAGAGAACUUUAUUGGUAUCCAAGGGGUGUGGAUUGUAGAGAACGUUGCGGUCAAUGUUGUCAAUGUUUAUUGUCCAUGCCAACUUGCUGGAAAAAGAAUCUUAUGGCUAGAGUUAAAAAUUUUAGUUCUGCAAUCAGGAGGAAUGUGGUCUAUUGUGGGAGAUUUUAACGCAGUCCAGAAAGUCGAGGAGAAGAUAGGGAGCAGUAGAUUAACUAUAGAGAUGGGAGAGUUUGACAACUUCAUUAGAGAUUCGGGUCUGAUUGAUAUUCCGUUAGUGGGUAGAAAAUUGACAUGGUACCAAAUAGGAGGCAAAUUCAUGAGUAGAAUUGAUAGAGCACUGCUGUCAGAGGAAUGGUUAUCCAAGUGGGGGGAAGCUACACAAUGGGGGUUGAGUAGAAUAGUCUCUGAUCACUGCCCUAUCUUGCUUAGACAUAAGAAAGUGAAUUGGGGACCCAAACCAUUCAGAUUCUUUGAUAUAUGGCUUGAGCAAAAAGAGUGCAGGGAGUUGAUAAGAAAAGCAUGGGAACAAGCAAAUAUCCAAGGAUGGGCUGGGUUUCAACUUAAGGAAAAGCUGAAGAUCACCAAGGAAGCACUGAAGAAGUGGAGCAAAAGCUUUGUUCCCGAAAUUGACAACAGAAUAAAAGAGGCCACAGCACAGAUUGAGCAGUUAGAUCUGAAAGGGGAGUCGGAGCAGUUAGUAGAUGAGGAGAUUGAUAGAAGAAGAUAGGCUUUGCUAGAUCUAUUGAACAAUAUAAGAUACAAGGAGAG